UCCAGCCCAAACCGGUUUAAAGCGAAAGCGAGAUCUUCAGGAGCACCAUUUUGUGAAGAAAGGAUCAAAAACAGCAUUUGGAAAGAAAGAACAGAGGAUUCAGUGUGAUCUGAAGGAGGAGAGAUGUCCUCCAAAAUGAGUCUCUCUGAGGAACAGGACACACAGGAAGCUGAGAGACUGAAUCAGGGUAAGAGGUCAGACCCAACUGAACCCAGCUGUGUGUCCAUGAAGAGUGACCAGUCAAUGGGCAGAUUCAUGCACUUCAGAGAUGAUAACAGAUCUACUGAGUUCAGACUGGUUCAGGGUAAGAGAUCUGACUCACCUGAACCCAGCUGUGUGUCCAUGAAGAGUGACCAGUCAAUGGACAGAUUCAUAGAGAUCAGAGAUGGUCAUAGAUCUACAGAGUUCAGAGUGCAGGAGGAGACAUCAGAAACUACCAGGGGAAACAUGGAGCUCUUAUUCAAGGAGGUGGAGUACAAAGUAUUGUCUCUGGUAAAGAGUCAGCUGAAGAGGUUUGUGAAGCUCCUGAAUCAGGAUUACCCAGCAUGCUCUGAGAGAGAGGUUGAGGAGGAUCAGCGUGUCAGAGAGGGGGCGCUGAAGAUCACACUGCAUGUCCUGAGGAACAUGAACCAGACAGACCUUGCUAACAAACUAGAGACCAAACUGGCUCCCUCUUGUCAUCAAAUGUUUAAAUCCACACUGAAAAAAAAAUUUCAGAAAAUUAAUGAAGGAAUUUCAAAUUCUGGAACCUCAACACUUCUGAAGGAGAUCUACACAGAGCUGUACAUCACAGAGGGUGGGAGUGGAGAGGUCAAUAAUGAACAUGAGGUCAGACAGAUUGAAACAGCAUCCAGGAGACCAGCAACACAGGAGACGCCCAUCAAAUGCAACGACAUCUUUAAAGACAAACCCAUCAGAACUGUGCUGACUAAAGGAGUCGCUGGAAUUGGAAAAACAGUCUCUGUGCAGAAGUUCAUUCUGGACUGGGCUGAAGGAAAAGCCAAUCAGGAUGUUCUCUUCAUAUUUCCACUUCCUUUUAGAGAGCUCAAUUUGAUGAAAACUAAAAAACUCAGUCUGUUGGCUCUUCUUCAUCAUUUUUUCACAGACAUAAAGGAAUUAAAACCCAGAGACUAUUAUCACCAUAAAAUCAUGUUCAUCUUUGAUGGUCUGGAUGAAUGUCGACUUCCUCUAGAUUUCCAGAACAAUGAGAGUGUAUUUGAUGUUACACAGUCAGCCUCAGUGGAUGCGCUGCUGACAAACCUCAUCCAGGGGAAUCUGCUUCCCUCUGCUCUCCUAUGGAUAACUACUCGACCAGCAGCAGCCAAUCAGAUUCCUCCUGACUGUAUUAACCAGGUAACAGAGGUACGAGGGUUCAGUGACCCUCAGAAAGAGGAAUACUUCAGGAAAAGGAUCAGUGAUCAGAGCCUUGCUGAAAGAAUCAUUACACACAUGAAGUCCUCAAGAAGCCUCUACAUCAUGUGCCACAUCCCAGUCUUCUGCUGGAUUGCAGCCAUUGUUCUAGAGAGGAUGUUGGGUGAAGCAGAGAGUGGAGAGAUCCCCAAGACUCUGACUCAGAUGUUCACACACUUCCUGAUCUUUCAGAUCAAACACAGCAGCCAAAAGUACCAAAGAAAAAAUGACAUUGAUCAUGAGCAGACUAGAAAGAUAAUUCUGGCACUGGGAAAACUGGCUUUCCAACAGCUGGAAAAAGGAAACCUGAUCUUCUAUGAGGAAGACCUGAGAGAGUGUGGCAUUGAUGUCAGAGAAGUGUCAGUGUACUCAGGAGUGUGUACUCAGAUCUUCAGAGAGGAGUUUGGGCUGCACCUGGGGAAGGUUUUCAGCUUUGUGCAUCUGAGUGUUCAGGAGUUUCUGGCUGCUUUAUAUACGUUUCUUCACUUCAUCUCCAACAACAGAAACGUGCUGCUAAAGCAAUCUAUUGGAUUUUUUGGUUUCUUUAAAAAGUUAUCAAUGUCUGACUUCCUCAAGACUGCAGUGGACAAUGCCUUACACAGUGAGAAUGGACACCUGGACCUCUACCUCCGCUUCCUUCUGGGUCUCUCACUGGAUUCCAAUCAGACUCUCUUACGAGGCCUAAUGACACAGACAGGAAACAGCUCUCAGAGCACAGAGGAAAUAGUCGAGUACAUCAAGGAGAAGAUCAGGGAGAAUCCCUCUCCAGAGAAAACAAUCAAUCUGUUCCACUGUCUGAAUGAACUGAAUGAUCAUUCUCUAGUGCAGGAAGUUCAAACAUACCUGAACAGAGGAUGUUCCAGUGGUCUCAGUGGAGCUAAGCUCUCUCCUGCUCAGUGGUCAGCUGUGGCAUUUGUGAUGCUGAAUUCAGAAGACGAGCUGGAUGAGUUUGACCUGAGGAAAUUUGACCCAUCAGAGGAAUGUCUUCUGAGGCUGCUGCCAGUGGCCAAAGCAUCCAGAAAAGUAGUGCUGCAUGACUGCAGUAUUACAGAGGAAGGCUGUGCUGCUCUGGUUUCAGCUCUGAAAUCAAACCCCUCACACCUAAAGGAGCUGAUUCUGAGCUACAAUAAACCAGGAGAGUCAGGAGUGAAGCUGCUCUCUGAUCUACUGAAGGAUCCAUACUGUAAACUGCAGACACUAGAAUUGUUUGGCUGCAGUAUUACGGAGGAAGACUGUGCUGCUCUGGUUUCAGCUCUGAAAUCAAACCCCUCACACCUGAGAGAGCUGAAUCUGAACUACAAUAAACCAGGAGACUCAGGAGUGCAGCUGCUCUGUGAUCUACUGAAGGAUCCAUACUGUAAACUGCAGACGCUACAAUUGCCUGGCUGCAGUAUUACGGAGGAAGACUGUGCUGCUCUGGUUUCAGCUCUGAAAUCAAACCCCUCACACCUGAGAGAGCUGAAUCUGAACUACAAUAAACCAGGAGACUCAGGAGUGAAGCUGCUCUGUGAUCUACUGAAUGAUCCACGCUGUAAACUGCAGAAUCUACAGCUGGAAUUCUGCAGUAUUACAGAGGAAGGCUGUGCUGCUCUGGUUUCAGCUCUGAAAUUAAACCGCUCACACCUGAGAGAGCUGAAUCUGAACUACAGUAAACCAGGAGAGUCAGGAGUGAAGCUGCUCUCUGAUCUACUGCAGGACCCACGCUGUAAACUGGAGAAACUACAGCUUGAAUUCUGCAGUAUUACAGAGGAAGGCUGUGCUGCUCUGGUUUCAGCUCUGAAAUCAAACACCUCACACCUGAGAGAGCUGAAUCUGAAUUACAAUAAACCAGGAGAGUCAGGAGUGAAGCUGCUCUCUGAUUUACAGAAUGAUCCACACUGUAAACUGGAGAAACUACAUCUGUCUGGCUGCAGUAUUACAGAGGAAGGUUGUGCUGCUCUGGUUUCAGCACUGAAAUCAAACCCCUCACACUUGAGAGAGCUGAAUCUGAACUGGAAUAAACCAGGAGAGUCAGGAGUGAAGCUGCUCUCUGGUCUACUGGAGGAUCCACACUGUAAACUGGAGAAACUACAGCUGUGGGGUUGUGAUCUCACAGAGAAAAGCUGUGCAGUUCUGUCCUCAGCUCUCAGCUCAGAGUCUUCAAGUCUGAGAGAACUGAACCUAAGUGGGAAUAAGCUGCAGGAUUCAGGAGUGAAGCUACUCUCUGCUGGACUGAAGAAUCCACACUGUAAACUGGAGACACUGGGGCUAUGGGGUUGCGAUCUCACAGAAAAUAGCUGUGCAGUUCUGUCCUCAGCUCUCAGCUCAAACUCUUUAAGUCUGAGAGAACUCGACUUGGGUUACAAUGAACUGCAGGAUUCAGGAGUGAAGCUGCUCUCUGCUGGACUGAAGAAUCCACACUAUAAACUGGAGAAACUGAAUCUGUCUAAGUGCCUCAUUACAGAGGAAGGUUGUGCUGCUCUGGUUUCAGCUCUGAAAUCAAACCCCUCACACCUGAGAGAGCUGAAUCUGAACUUCAAUAAACCAGGAGAGUCAGGAGUGAAGCUGCUCUCUGAUCUACUGAAGGAUCCACACUAUAAACUGGAGAAACUACACAUCUGAACAAACACCUGACCUGGUCUGAGUCUCACACACACUGGGGGUUAUGAGGAGAGGAUGAAGCCUUAUAGAACACACACACACACACACACACACACAGUGUGUGGUUCUACAUGGUAAUGUGUGUGUUUUUGGGUCUUUAUUGGUCAAAUCUGUGAACACGGCUGCAGCACAGGGCUGUGUGCUCUCCCUUUGACAUCACUUCCUCUUUACCAGUGACUGCACCUCCAGCGUCCUGUCCAUCAAACUCCUCCCGUUUGAGGAGGAGCCCACAUUGGUGAUGAGAGCGUGUACAGGAGGAGGAGAAGAGCCUGGUGUUCUGAUAACAACAUGAGGUCGACACUCAAACCAGUGGAAAUGUUGAUAGACUUUAAUAAACUCCCUCUAGAGAUCAACUCUGGAGUCACAAGAGUGGAGGAGAUCUUCAAGAUCAUGAAGACACCAUCUCACACACACACACACAGAUAUGAGAGCACAGAGAGGCUCCUGAAGAGCAGCUGAAUGAGCUGAAACUCUGCUGCUUCCUGUGUUAUAUUAGUGUGAAGUUUCUGAGAUCAGGAUUUUGUUUCAUGAUGUUUUUACUACAUUUAAACAGUCAGUGCUCACCAUGCUGGGUCAUCAUGUGUGUCAGUUCCUUCUGUGGCUGUAUAGA